AAAUUAUGGCUGAUCUGAUUUGGUGUUAAACAGCCUGUACGCGGGUAUAUAAAUUGUUAGAUCUUCCAUAUUAAAAUCUCGGUGGCGAUUCUUCCACCAUCACCAAACCUUUUCAUCGAACAUCAGCCAAUUCAAGUUCGAACAUUCUGUCUUCCUCCAAGUUCUUAUUUAUGUUUCGCUGCGCUCACAUUGUGCAAGUUCAGAAUGGGUCGCUUUCAAGAUCUUCAGAAUGGCGGUAAUGACGAGAACUUGCUUGUUUCUAGUCUUGACUGUUGUCAGCUUCCAGAGCCCACUCAACUACGUCAAGCUUGAGACCGAAUCCCGUUCUGUCGUUCUUUCACCUCUAUCAUCUGAUCAUAGCAACGCCUUCAAUUCAAACGAAAACGUCAAGCAAGCGACUGCGAAAAUGGCAACCAAGACAGACGAACAAUCUCCAAGCUUAGUUCUACAAGAACGUGCCAGCUCGACUCCGACAAUCUACAUCAAAUUCAAUGCCUCAGACUGCAACAUCGAAGGCUCUGUCGGGUCCGCCAUGACGCCUGGCGCUCUCUCCACCAAGCCAACCGACUUGAACAGCGUCCUGGACUGCCAGAUGCUCUGCCAGCGCACCGCGACUUGCUAUUCCUACAGCUGGCAAACGACGACCGAGAGUGCAUGUCGGUGUACGAUGUACAAUACGUGGAUUGGACAUACGCCGGGUGCUGUGGAUACGGGGGAGACGGGGAUUUGGUUUAGUGAUAAGCAUGUUGUGGAUGGGACUAUAUGGUGUUAUUCUAGUACGCCGUUUAUGGCGAGUGGGAUACCGGGAACACCGAUUAUUAUCACUUGAGAGUGAAUGGGUGCUACUGUAUGAUUUUGCGUAGGGUUUGCGUUCAUUCGGAUGCUUUGUUUGUUG